GGAGACACUUCCGCCCACUGUAGUCAAGAGAACAUUCAGACACCAUGUGGACCGAAGAGGACAAGGCCGUCGAUAUAAAUCAACAUGACGCAGACGAGAAAAAAACCAAGGAGGAGACAAAGGAAAAGUUCAAAUUCACGCAGAACGUUAGCGAUCUGCAGGAGACGAGGGAAGAAAUACUGCGACGAGGACACAGAGGAAUAUUCACUAUGAACCCGGAUGCUAAGAUGGAGAAUGUCACAACUUUGAAGGCAUCUUUUGCACCUCCUAGAAGUCCAGGAGUGAGACUGCGGGGCAUCAGGUCUGAGCUUUUGGAAAGAAGAAUUGCCCAGAUAGUAAGAGACAAAAUUCAAGCAGAAAGGAACCCACCACUACCCCAAACGGACUUUAACACCGUCACUCAGAGGGACUUUCGAGUGAAUGGUUUUAUCCCCCAGAUUACUCAAAACUCACAUCUUCAUGAUUAUAAAACUGAACAGGCUAUCAGCUACUGGAGCGACAACUUUCAGCAGAUACAGGGUGUGAGUUCAGUAGAGAGCCCAAACACUCCCUUCAAGAAGUGUGCCCAGUUUUCCACACCCAUCUCUGAGCAACGCCGAGAUAUUGAACCCACCAUUGAGUAACUGUCUUAAUUUCUAAUAACUUUACAGCGGAAUUUGCUGGAAAGUUUGCACUGCAUGAAUAUCUAGACCAGACUAUAGUCACUACACUCUAGUACUGCAUUACAGUAUUUUCUUGUCCUGGUAGUUGACCUGACACAUGAACAUCAAAACAAAGUAAAGUCAUUGUCUUCGCUCCAUCACAUCUUAUGACUACAUUUGGAUUAUUUCUGUUUACUCGAGUAAAGUCAGAGGUUGAGGACUUACUUACACAGGGAAACAUGCUUAUGUUGACAACCUGUUUAUGGUGACCAACACAUCGAGCGCCACAUUUCUGUGUUUCUAAUUUCAAUAAAAAGUUAAUUGGCGACAUUA